AUGCAGUCUGUCAUCUCCGCAGCUCGCUCAUCCACCAAGCGCUCCUUCUCUACUUCAGCGAGGAGAUGGCAGGCCGUACCCCAGCAGAAGCCUGUUCUCAUCAAGGAGUUCAAGAUCUACCGCUGGAACCCAGACGAGCCAGAAAAGAAGCCAGAACUCCAGUCGUACAAGAUUGAUCUCAACCAGACGGGGCCUAUGGUCCUCGACGCCCUCAUCAAGAUCAAGAACGAGAUGGACCCGACACUCACCUUCCGCCGGUCCUGUCGCGAGGGUAUCUGUGGUUCCUGUGCCAUGAACAUCGACGGCCAGAACACUCUCGCCUGCCUUUGCCGAAUCGACCGCAACGAGAGCAAGAACACCAAGAUCUACCCUCUUCCUCACAUGUACAUCGUCAAGGACCUCGUGCCCGAUAUGACCCAGUUCUACAAGCAGUACAAGUCCAUUCAGCCAUGGCUGCAGAACGAUAACCCGCCAGAGAAGGGCGAGUUCCUUCAAUCACCCGAAGACCGUAAGAAGCUCGACGGGAUGUACGAAUGCAUUCUCUGUGCGUGCUGCUCGACUUCCUGCCCCUCUUAUUGGUGGAACCAAGACGAGUACCUCGGCCCCGCGACGCUGAUGCAGGCCUACAGGUGGAUCGCCGAUUCACGAGACUCCCAUGGUGCUGAGAGGAAGGAACGUCUGCAGAACGAGAUGAGCUUGUACAGAUGUCAUACUAUCUUCAACUGCUCACGCACUUGCCCCAAGGGUCUCAACCCCGCCGCCGCCAUCGCCAAGAUCAAGCUCGAGCUCGCUGCCGAUUAG